GGGAGAGAGACGCAGAGAAGUUGUCUCUCCUGUGAUAGCACGGACAGAAGCGUGGCACCGACGGGAUACGGACAACACCAGGUGACCAGAAGACCCCAGAAAGAGAGAGGGUUAAAGGAGAGAGUGAAAGUCGACGAGAGAGGGAGAGAGAGGGAGAGAGAGGGAGGAAGCCUGCAGCGACCUCCUACCCAACACCCUAGGAAGAGAAUCCAUAAAAUGCAUUCGGACUCCAGUCCCAGCAGCAGAGCCUCUUCCCCGGACAUGGACCGCAUGUUCCUGCGAGAACUACACCCACUCCACCACCUGCACCACCACCACGUCGGCUCCUCAGUGUCCUCCUCCACGCAGAAGAUCUCCGAGCACCUGCGUUCCGUAGACCCCAACUCAGUGUCCGUGGAGAGCAGCAGCAGUAGCAGCAGCAGCAGCAGCGGCAGCAACAAGUACAAGUUGAAGAAGCCAGUCAGCGAGGAGGAGAUGUUCGAGCUGCGGCUCAAGAUCAACGGCCGGGAGCGCAAGCGCAUGCACGACCUCAACCUGGCCAUGGACGGCCUGCGGGAGGUGAUGCCCUACGCGCACGGGCCCUCGGUGCGGAAGUUGUCCAAGAUCGCCACGCUGCUUCUCGCCAGGAACUACAUCCUGAUGCUCAACAGCUCCCUGGACGAGAUGAAGCGGCUGGUGGGGGAGAUUUACGGCGGGCAGCACUCAGCCUUCCACUGCGGCACCGGGCCCGGUGGACACUCCGGGGGCCCGGCCGCUGCAGCCGCUGCCGCCGCCGCUGCCGCGGCCGCGCACCAUGUGCACCCUCUCCUCGGGGGCGCGCUGUCUUCCUCCGGGUCCUCCUCUCUUAGCGGGCUCCCGGGGCUCACGUCCAUCCGUGCGCCACACGCCCUGAUGAAGGGCGGCCCGGCUGCGCCCCCAGCCCUGCAGCUGGGCCCCGGCUUCCAGCACUGGGCCGGGCUGCCGUGUCCCUGCACCAUCUGCCAGGUGCCCCCUCCCACGCACAUCCCCAUCACCUCCACCGCCCUCACGAGACUCACGGGGGAGGGAAAGGACGGGAUGAAAUGAGGCUGGGUGUGUGACGCACAGGCUGCCGGUGUUUGUAAAUAGAGAAUCAGGGCAUGAUGGGGUCUGGCCCCACUGCUGCAUGCUGUUGUGUAAAGUCUGUUUUCUUGUUUGGCGUAUGAGAAAGAAUGUUAUUUUCUACCUUGUAACAAGGACCCAUGUAAAGACUGAUGGUUUUGCCAGUUUAAGGUACUAAGAAAAAGUUGUGUGUCAUGCACCGAGCUGCCACGACCCUCCUGUGUGUGUCUCACAGCACAAUGUGAAAGUGACGGAGGCUGCAUGAACAUGUGGAUUUGUUUUAUAUUUCUUUGUAUCAGGCGUCAUUUUGUGAAAACGAAGAAAACUCUCUGUGCCUUGUACCAAGGAUUUUAAACUUGAGUUCUCCAUGAAAAAAUAACGACAUUUAUGUGAUUCUGCCACAAUUUGUUUAAAAAAAUCUAAGUUUUAGAUUCAUCU